AGUGUAUGAAGUCAAGGAAGGACAUGGAAGUUCUGGAUAAAGGAGUGGGAAUAUGUGCAAUUGACUCGAGUUCAAGGAGUGUGCAUGGAGGAAAAUAAUAGGAAAGGUCAAAAUAGGAAUACAGAAGACAACAAGGAAGCUUUAGGUUGACCGCCAAUGGAGAACAACUGAUACAUAGUAAGUCCAUCGAGAAAUUUGAAGCUCAUCGGACAACCUAAAGGUGGAAUCGUGGUCAUCGAGAAUAGUCGAAAGGAGAAACCUUAUAGGUCAAAGUACAUAAGUGAGAAGAGACUAUAAGAACCUAGAUGACUACAUCUAGAACUAAUGAGUAACAUCAAGGAGAAGAGUCACGAGUAACGAAGUAAGAAGCAUAUAAGUUUAGGGAACCUGCUAGAAUACCCCAAAGUGAAACCAAGAUUGCCUAUGCUGGUGAAAGGUUUCAAUCUCUCGGGUAAAACUCUAUUGGACGGGGAAACCGUACAAUAAAUUUCAGCUAGGGUCUAAGAGUAGCAGAAUGGAUAGUACGAGAACUUCAAAUUCAGGUGGCGAUAAGGAAGUGCUAAGUUAGGUGCCAAGAGUGAACAAGUAAGCCAAAGGGAAGUUCAUGACUCUUGAAGGGAGUCAUACAGUUGUUAGCAAGCUAGAGAAAGAUGCAAAGGAUGUCUUUAAUGCAUACAUGAAGUAAAAGCAGCAGUAUGAGGUUUCAGAGUUAGGCAAGAAGUAACAAGGAGAUGACCACUCAGUUGAUGGUUAAAGGAUAAGACGAGGCAUCAAGUAGGAAAGUAAGAGAUAUGAAGUUAGGAGGUACAAUGACCUAGGUCACCUAUGAGGUCAACCCUAGACGAGAGUUACAUUAAAAAAAGUUUUACCACAUGACUAGAUGGAGGAUAAGCCGCCAACAGUGACCUUGGGCCCAAGUUGGAAAAUUUUGAAAAGGGCAAUGUAUCACUCAAUCCUAUUCGAUGCUACCGAGCUAGAAGAGAAUACCUGUUAUGGUGAAGACUACAUAUAAGAACUAUAGUAAGCUAUUCAAGACAAGGUAAGGGCACACCAUUGAAGUUCAUAUAGCAAGAGUGAAAUCUUGAGCCAAAGAAGCACGAGAAUGAGGAGAAUGGAAGGAUGAGCCCGAUCAAAUUUCGGGGACGAAAUUUUUAUAAGAGUGGAGGAAAUGUUACACCCCACUCUUCCCAAAAGUCAAAAUGACUAUUAUACCCCUGGGUCAAGUGCCACUGUAUUAUCGAUGAGGAUUAAAAAUGUGAACUAAUAGUUCAAACGAUUUCGAGUUUCAACAUGAAGUGGGAAAAUUAUGGACGUUAUCUGAGUUUCGGAUUAAACUCGCCUGUAAUUGUGAAAUUCCAAAAAAAGUACCUUGAAUAAUUAAACCAAGACUCUACUCGGCCUCAACCUAAAACCUAACAGAGCAACCUUUUAUUUCUUUCUUCACCGAAAGCAUGCUCUCAUGGGAAAUCAGAAUCAAAGCGGUGCUAUCUACUCUCCCUACUACGAGAGGUGCGAGCUUAAGCAAGCUGGAGCUCGUGUCACUGUGAUCAUCAGGAAUCACUCGUUUCCUCCACUACUCGUCUCUGCGUCAUUAAUUCCCGUAAGCACGCAGGAGGCUAUUGACGUCUCCCUGAUGACCAAGGCAGGGCGAAACCAGUUGGCAUGCGUAUGCAGAGAGGCUGGUCUUGAGGAAUGAGUGCACCUCAAGACGCCGCACGGACUUCGGAAGUCUAUGUCCGUGACAUAGAACUUUCUCUCACUUGGGUAUGAAGAACCCUAGUUCCAUGUGUUAGGGAUCUUGCUUGUAAUGACUUUUCGGAUGAUAUACUGAUUGGUUUUAAUCGAUUGAAGUGUGUUUAUUGAGUCAAUUGAAUCCUGAUCAACUUCUCUUUAUUUCUGCUUCAACCUGUGAUAGAUAGAAUCUGAUUAGGUUGUUAGAGCUUCUUCAAUCGAUAGUAGUGAAUUGAUUGUACGAAAGUUAGUCAAUUCACUGCUUUGUACUGGAAUUCGUUUCCAGUAGUGGAGUUUUGUGUGAAUUGCCUUAGCAUUCUAUCCCGGUGAAGGCUAGUCGUUUGCCAGAUAGUCUGUCGAAGAGGUCUUGGUCAGCUUAAGAGAUUCCAAGCUACUUUGAGAUCUUCCACAGUUUAAUUAACAAUGAAUCAACCAGAUGGAAUUACAACUUGAACUUAACAGAGGAGCUAGGGGGGCUCAUUCCCGAGUGACUCUUCUCUUGCUUCAGAAAUAGAACAACUUACUACUUUAUUUCUGAUUUAGUUUAAAUUCACCUACACUCAAUCUUUCCCUCUAGAUAAUAGAUAAUUACGGAGUAGGUAGUAGAUCUAGACCCCGGGUUGAUAAGUAAAACUUACCCACUAUUCUGCAUUUCCAUUUUGCGAUUACACUUGGUCGUAGAUUGAUGUUGUGUCGUAGCGAGUCAACUUAGUCUGCUGAAGCUUCUAACAGGAUAAGGAUUGCAUUGAUAUCCCCACUCACCAUCUAGGGAAAUCCCUUUACUUGCCAACGACGCAUUCGCAAAUAUGCUCUUACUCUCCCAAUCUCAUAAUUGAAGCCAUAAUAUGCAGCAAAAAAGAACUACUCCUUUGCUAAAAUCGAAACCAAAGUGUGAAAUUUUUUUUAUCUCUUUCUAAUACCCUCAAUUUAACAUCUGUCUUGCAAGCAAUCCAGAUUAUGCCCAACUCAUGUGCAUUGUAGUUGUCCUAAAAAAACGAAAUCCAUAAAUUUAUCCUUAAUCUUCUGAGCAUUCUUUUGUUUAACCCGAGUUUUAAUUAAAGCUAACACCUGAACGCCUUACACACUCCAGCACGGAAUUGUGCUUCGAGGGGCAGUUAAAGCCCCUCGUAUUCCAAACUAGGAUUGUCAUUGCUUCAGAGGGGGUACCUUUCGCACCCCUUUAUGACUUCUUAAUCCUUCAUGGCCAACCCUCACAGCUGUUGAAUAUUCUUGGCAUAGAUGGCACUAAACGAGUUUGUCUGAGAUACCAGAGCAAAAGAUCCCAGAGCUAUAGGUUUCAUACCAUUCAUUAUCAUACUAAAUUCCUCCUGAAAAGGCUAGGCACUUGUGCAAACUGGGGGAGUUGCAGGUGAAAUACAUUUAGCAGCCUAAGCUUGAACAGUAGUACUAACUUCCUCUUCUUCUUUUGAAUUCCAAGAACUAGCUAUAUCCACUGUUUUAACUAUCUUCUUCGUCCAAUUUUUUUUAGAGUUCUCUUCCCCUGCAGCAACACAGUCAUGCGCAAAACACUAUAAAAAUGACAAACUACAGGAGCAUUACAAUAUUCAACUUGGACAAACAUCUCAACCAUGCCAUCAGGUGUAAUACUAAUCCAGUCGACCCCCUUUUCCUUGGCACUUACCUCUACACAAAACUUUGCCAAUCCCACCCUACCCUACCUCACCCAUCUUUUGAAGAUAGCUCUGCUAGCAAGCCCGUGAGCUUCACCUAGAUUGGGACUGGUGAAUUGUCGACGUGAAGAGCUUAAAUCCCCGUGAUUCGGGCAAAAUAACACAUGUUUUACCCC